UGAACUCUGACAGAGCGAGGAGGAGGGAAGUCCUCGGGAGGACUGGCUGAGGAAGGGGGGUAUUCAGAGAGCCAGCGUUCAGUAGGUUCCGCACCAUCAAUAACUCUCGGAGACGUGAGUUAAGGUAGGCUUUUAUUGGCUGGAAGAAAGCAGAAGCAGCAAGCGUCCACCACACAACAUCCUGGAGACUGAGGGAGGAGCUGUGCCUCCGAUCGCCUUUAUACAGGGGUCUGUGGGAGGAGCCACAGGAGCAGUCAGCGGGGGGCGUGUCCAGACAGGUAUAUGUAGUUCACCACAGAAGGGCUUCAGGAAGAGGAGGGGGAUGAAGAGCAUCGGGGAGGAUGGAGCGAGAAUCCGGGAAGUUGGAUGCGGCAGGGUGUAAUGUGCGCUACCCGGGUGCGCUCUGUCCCUGAGACCCGACUCUGGAUAUGGAGGAGAGAGGUGGUGCACGGGGUGAGCCCGGAGCUGUGGAGGAUGGCGGCGGGCUUCCAGCCCAGACACUGACCUUCUCGGGGAGUGGCUUUCUCGUAACUUACCACAUCGGCGUGGCGCAGUGCUUGUUGGAAAACGCGCCCGAGGUUGUCCGUGGGGCUCGGAGAGUGUUCGGAGUAUCUGCCGGUUCCCUCAUCGCUGCCGCUAUCGUCUGUGGCAUUGAUCUCGAUCAUUUCUACCGGAGCGUCACACGAACAGCUGAACAGUCAAGAAGACACUUCCUUGGGCCGAUGAAUCCUUUUUUUAACCCUCUCCAACUUGUCCGGGACAGUCUGGUGGAGACUCUUUGCGAGAAUGCAUUUGAGCUUGCGUGUGGGAGGCUGUUCAUCUCUGUGACCCGGGUAUCUGAUAGACAGAACAUCCUUGUCUCUGACUUCAGUUCCAAUGAGGAACUUAUCCAGGCAUUACUCUGCAGUUGUUUUAUUCCGGUCUACUGUGGGCUGUUCUGUCCAACUUUCCGGGGUGUGCACUACAUUGACGGAGGGUUAACCAACAACCUGCCUCUGUACGACAAGAACACCAUCAUCAUCUCCCCGUUCACCGGCGAAGUGGACAUUUGUCCCAGUGUCUUUGCUGACUGCUUCUUCUACAACUUUGCCAAAUUCAGCUACGCGCUCAUCCCGGAAAACAUGUAUCGUAUAACCAGGGCAUUCUUCCCUCCCAGCUCCAAGGUGCUGCAUCAGUUCCUCAGGAAUGGAUACAGGGACACCCUGCUCUACCUGCUGGCAAACAAUAUGCUAACUCUUGAUCGCCCUGUUAUAGCCAAGAUCUUAUCCCAAUGGUAUUGUAAGAGGAGUCUGCACUGUCUUUCUGUGAACCUCUGCCUGCAACUUGAAGAGAGCUCCAAUGUUGGUUCCCUGGAAGGCCGUUUUUCUUGGCACAAGGCCUGGAUUCCUAAAGUGUUGUGGUUUCUAAGCGUGAAGAAGACUAGUAUCCUGGGCAUCUGCAGACUAGCCUUGCGCCCAAUGCAGAGAGUUAGAAGAUGGUUCCUCUGCAUCCCAUCAGCAUUGACAGUUAAGCAUGAUGACCGUGGGACCACAGAGUCACAGAGUACCUUAAGCAUAGAAGGAGGCUGUUCAUUCCAUCAAACUUCCACUGGUUCUAUUUAACAGCAAUACAUUCCCAAGAACUACUGCCAUAUUAUUUCUUUCCCUUUUGGAGAUAUAUCCAGACUUUGUCUGAACAUUAUAGUUAGAUCUCAACUCCACUACAGCCCCAGCACUGUAAUUUAGACUGUAAACCCAUGAGACAUAGAAACAGAAUUAGGCCAUUCAGCCCAUUGAGUCUGCUCCAUUGUGGCUGGUUUAUUGUCCCUCUCAAUCCCAUUCUCCUACCUUCUCCCCGUAACCUUUGACACCCUGACUGAUCAAGAACCUAUCAACCUCUGCUUUAAAUAUAGUCAAUGACUUGGCCUCCACAGCUGUCUGUGGCAAUGAAUUCUACAGAUUCACCACUCUUUAUCUGGCUAAAGAAAUUCCUCAUUAUCUCUGUUCUAAAUGGACACCUUUCUAUUCUGAGGUUGUGCCCUCUGUUCCUGGAUCCCUCCACUAUUGGAAACAUCCUCUCAACAUCCACUCUUCUCAGACUUGUCAGUCUGAGUAGGUUGCAAUGAGCUUCCCCCCUCAUUCUUCUAAACUCCAAUGAGAACAAGCCCAGAGCCAUUAAAUGCUCCUCAUGCACUAACCCUUUCAUUCCUGGAAUCAUUCUCGUGAACCUCCUCUUCACCCUCUCCAAUGACAGCACAUAUUUUCUUAGAUAAGGGGUGGGUCCAAAACUGCUCACAAUACUCCAAGCGUGGUUUGAUCAAUGCCUUAUAAAUACUCAGUGUCGCCUACUUGCUUUAAUAUUCCAGUUGUAUAAUGAAUAUUAUAUUUGUAUAUACAAUUUACUGUAGAUUUUAUACAUAUUAUACACAAUAGACAAAGGCUUUUUCGGCAGGAUGUUGGUGUGGUUUGUUGGUUGGUGCUUUUGUCUAACCAGAAGUUAGACAGGCCCUACUCUAGAUAUUUGAACAUGCUCUGUGCUGACUCUCUCACCUUAAUGACAGAUUGCUCUCUUGCGUGGAACACAGAACAUUACAACACACUUCAGGCCCUUCAGCCCAUAAUGUUGUGCCAUCCUUUUAACCUACUCCAAGAUCAAUCUAGACCUUCCCUCCCACAUGAUCUUCCAUUUCUUUAUCAUCAACGUGCCUAUUGAUGUUAUUUAAAUGUCCCUGAUAUAUCUAACUCUAUCACCAUCCCCCGCAGGGUGUUGCUCACACCCACCAUUCUCUGUGUAAAAGAUGUGUGUAUAUAUAUCUCUAUCUCUGACUCACUUUAUACUUUUCUCCAGUCACCUUAAAAUUAUGCCCCUUCAUAUUGGCCAUUUCCAUCCUGGGAAAAAUCAACUUGCCAUCAAGUUACCUCUCAUCUUCACUCCAAACAGAAAAGCCCUAGUUCAGUCAACCCAUCCUCAUGAAAAGACCAUAACACUGUAAAACGUAAGAGCACAAUUAGGCACCCAUCCCAUCGAGUCUCCUCCACCAUUCCAUCAUGGCUGACUUGUUAUCUAGAUCGUAGAGCCUGGUCCUAGAUUCACACACUAGAGGAAACCUCCUCUUCACAUCCACUGUCUAGGCCAGAGGUCGGCAACCUGCGGCUCCAGAGCCACAUGCGGCUCUUUGAUCUCUGUGAUGCGGCUCCCCGUGGUUUGUUAGCUUUUGAAAUGUAAUUCGAAAUUUGAAGAUUAUGGUGAUCUUGUACAAUAUGAAAACUUUGCGGAGACACCGUUUCCUGGCACAUCCGAACCGGCUCACAAUUAGCUACCGUUCCGACUAAGGGAGAUAGCCUACGGGGGUUUGUGAGUACGUGUCUUUUGGAGCAUCCGCGCCCACGGGGACGGGUUGAGGGAGGCUUUAAAGCAAGGCUGUUUAGUUCGAAUAAAGUUACCUUUGACUGCAGUCUUUAUUUUAGCGCUGCGUGUAGCACACCGCUACAACGUGUUUUUUAUCGCUAUUAAUAUACAUCACAACUGCCAAUGCGCGCCAGUGCGCGCUUUCUUUUAAUUCUUCGAUCCAAGGUAGGCUACCUACGGAGUAACCUUCAACCCAACGUCUUUUUUUCGGAGUUCAAAAUGUUUUUGUUGCAUGCAGAAAUGUAAUUUCGUUUUCUCUGCAGGAGUUCAUCAAUUUCAUAAAUGCAACACAUUAUAGUUUGUUUAUACAUAGCAUAAAGGCAAAAAAAAACCGUUGUAUGCAGUGUUAUUUCAUUUUGUGGCUCCCAGUGUUUUCUUUUCUGUGGGAAAUGGGUCCAUAUUGGCUCUUUCAGUGGUAAACGUUGCCGACCCCUGGUCUAGGCCUUUCAAUAUUUAAUAGGUUUCAAUGAGAGACUCCCUCAUUCUUCUAAACUUCUAAACUUCAGCGAGUACAGGCAUGGACCCAUCAAAUGCUCCUCAUGCAUUAACCCCUUUAUUCCUGGAAUCACUCUUGUGAACGUCCCCGGACCUCUCCAAUGCCAGCGCACCUUUUCUCAGACCAGCCCAAAAUUGCUCACAAUGGUCCACGUGCUCCACCUAUCUGUAUCAUCUGCAAACUUGGCCACAAAGCCAUCAAUUCCGUCAUUCAAAUCAUUAACACAUAACGUGAAAAGAAACUGUCCCUGCGGAACACCACUUGUCACUGGCAGCCAACCAGAAUAGGGUACCUUUAUUCCACCUCUUUGCAUUCCGCCAGUCAGCCUAUCUUCUAUCCAUGCUAGUAUCUUUCCUGUA